GGCAUCUUGUCCUCCUGUGAGCCUGCAAGGAUGCGGCAGGGGACUGAGACCAUGGGGAGGUGCUAACUUCCUCUCCAACCCCCCAGCCGGGGAUCCGGGCUGGCAUACCCGGCCCCCUGGGCUAGUUUCCUGCCAAGCGCUUCCAAGAAGCCAAAGAAGCUUUGGAAGGCAUAAAAAGAAAAGACAAGGGUGCUGGAGAGGGGUACUGAUCACCAGAGCCGGUCCCUCCGCAAACCCACGAAGAAAGGAGGAAGGGGAUCAGAGGUUGGAGAGGGGACACGAAAACCCCAGUCUGGCGGACUGGCUCAGGAGCCUCCCUGAAGACCUGGGCGCUCUGCUUUAGCGCCAUCGUCCUCAAUGCCUCUCUGAAGAGCUUUUAGCAAGAGUGUGAGUGAAAGAGAGGAGAGCGCGCACCAGGGAGAGGAUCAAGGAAGAUGAGGAUUAUUUGCAGGCAGAUUGUCUUGUUGUUUUCUGUGUUUUGGGGACUCGCCAUGGGAGCCUUUCCAAGCAGCGUUCAAAUAGGUGGUCUCUUCAUCCGAAACACAGACCAGGAAUACACUGCUUUCAGAUUGGCAAUCUUUCUUCAUAACACCAGCCCCAAUGCCUCCGAAGCUCCUUUCAAUCUGGUACCUCAUGUGGAUAACAUCGAGACAGCCAACAGUUUUGCUGUGACGAAUGCCUUCUGUUCCCAGUAUUCUAGAGGAGUGUUUGCCAUUUUUGGACUCUAUGACAAGAGGUCAGUGCAUACCUUGACCUCAUUCUGCAGUGCCCUACACAUCUCUCUCAUCACACCCAGCUUCCCCACUGAAGGGGAGAGUCAGUUCGUGCUGCAACUAAGACCUUCAUUGAGAGGUGCACUCCUGAGCCUGCUGGAUCACUAUGAAUGGAAUUGUUUUGUCUUCCUGUAUGAUACAGACAGGGGAUAUUCAAUCCUUCAAGCUAUUAUGGAGAAAGCAGGACAGAAUGGAUGGCAUGUCAGUGCGAUAUGUGUGGAAAAUUUUAACGAUGUCAGCUACAGGCAACUGCUAGAAGAGCUUGACAGAAGACAAGAGAAGAAGUUUGUGAUAGACUGUGAGAUAGAGAGGCUUCAGAACAUUUUAGAACAAAUUGUGAGUGUUGGAAAACAUGUCAAAGGCUACCAUUAUAUCAUCGCAAAUUUGGGCUUCAAGGAUAUUUCUCUUGAGAGAUUUAUACAUGGUGGAGCAAAUGUCACAGGAUUCCAGUUGGUUGAUUUUAAUACACCCAUGGUAACCAAACUAAUGGAUCGGUGGAAGAAACUAGAUCAGAGGGAAUAUCCAGGAUCUGAAACACCUCCAAAGUACACCUCUGCUCUGACUUACGAUGGAGUUCUGGUGAUGGCUGAAACUUUCCGAAGUCUCAGAAGACAGAAAAUUGAUAUUUCAAGGAGGGGAAAUGCUGGGGAUUGUCUGGCAAACCCUGCUGCUCCCUGGGGCCAGGGAAUUGAUAUGGAGAGAACACUAAAACAGGUUCGAAUUCAAGGGCUGACUGGGAAUGUUCAAUUUGACCACUAUGGACGUCGAGUUAAUUAUACAAUGGAUGUAUUUGAACUAAAAAGCACAGGACCUCGAAAGGUUGGCUACUGGAAUGACAUGGAUAAGUUAGUCUUGAUUCAAGAUGUACCCACUCUCGGCAAUGACACAGCAGCUAUAGAGAACAGAACAGUGGUUGUAACCACAAUCAUGGAAUCCCCCUAUGUUAUGUACAAGAAAAAUCAUGAAAUGUUUGAAGGAAAUGACAAGUACGAAGGCUACUGUGUAGAUUUGGCAUCUGAAAUUGCAAAACAUAUCGGUAUCAAGUAUAAAAUUGCCAUUGUCCCUGAUGGAAAAUAUGGAGCGAGGGACGCAGACACUAAAAUCUGGAAUGGGAUGGUAGGAGAGCUUGUGUAUGGGAAAGCAGAGAUUGCUAUUGCACCUCUGACAAUCACUUUGGUGCGUGAGGAGGUCAUCGAUUUCUCUAAGCCUUUCAUGAGUUUAGGCAUCUCUAUCAUGAUCAAAAAGCCUCAGAAAUCUAAACCAGGAGUGUUCUCCUUCUUGGACCCUCUGGCCUAUGAGAUCUGGAUGUGCAUAGUGUUUGCAUACAUUGGUGUCAGUGUGGUCUUAUUCCUAGUCAGUAGGUUUAGCCCAUAUGAGUGGCACACGGAAGAGCCCGAGGAUGGAAAGGAAGGUCCCAGCGACCAGCCUCCCAAUGAGUUUGGCAUCUUUAACAGCCUCUGGUUUUCCCUGGGUGCCUUUAUGCAGCAAGGAUGUGACAUUUCACCCAGAUCCCUGUCAGGUCGAAUUGUUGGAGGCGUCUGGUGGUUCUUCACACUCAUCAUUAUAUCAUCUUACACUGCCAAUCUGGCUGCUUUCCUGACGGUGGAGAGGAUGGUCUCCCCCAUAGAAAGUGCAGAAGACCUGGCCAAACAAACAGAAAUUGCAUACGGAACCCUAGAUUCGGGAUCAACAAAAGAAUUCUUCCGAAGAUCAAAAAUAGCAGUGUAUGAAAAGAUGUGGACCUACAUGCGAUCAGCAGAGCCGUCUGUGUUCACUAGGACUACAGCUGAGGGCGUGGCUCGUGUCCGCAAGUCCAAGGGCAAAUUUGCCUUCCUCCUGGAGUCCACCAUGAAUGAAUACAUUGAGCAGCGCAAGCCCUGUGACACGAUGAAAGUGGGAGGAAACCUGGAUUCCAAAGGCUAUGGUGUAGCAACGCCCAAGGGUUCCUCAUUAAGAAAUGCUGUUAACCUCGCAGUUUUAAAACUGAAUGAACAAGGCCUCUUGGACAAAUUGAAAAACAAAUGGUGGUACGACAAAGGAGAAUGUGGCAGCGGGGGAGGUGACUCCAAGGACAAGACGAGUGCCUUGAGCCUGAGCAACGUAGCAGGCGUCUUCUACAUUCUGGUUGGCGGCUUGGGCUUGGCAAUGCUGGUGGCUUUGAUAGAGUUCUGUUACAAGUCCAGGGCAGAGGCGAAGAGAAUGAAGCUGACUUUUUCCGAAGCCAUAAGAAACAAAGCCAGGUUAUCCAUCACUGGGAGUGUGGGAGAAAACGGCCGUGUGCUGACCCCCGACUGCCCCAAGGCCGUACACACAGGAACUGCAAUUAGACAAAGCUCGGGAUUGGCUGUCAUUGCAUCGGACCUACCAUAAAAACCAAAAAAAUAAUUGAGUGCCUUAAUUAAACUGUGUUGGUGACUGAUGGAAAUGCAGCCCGGAGAGACGGGUCCAGCGUGGUUCCUGGUUUAACACAUCCUUUGACUGAGCAGGAAGGACGUUCUGAGUGUCGGACAGAACCAGUGCAUGAGUUCAGCACGGAAAUUCAGACUCGGGUUUUAUAUCAGGAAAACUCACAAUUUAGUUUUUUUGGGGGGAGUGGGGGUGUCUGGGAUGGUUGUAUUAACAGCAACGCAUUUCACUUGAGCGCACUAAUCAGACUGGCCAGUUAGAGCAUCAUACUGUGAAGUUCUUUCUCAGAAAGGCCUUGGUCACCACAGGAAGGGGUUCAACAGUCAAUAGAGGUCAAGGAACCUGCUAGCCUGUGUCUCCACAACACCCAUGUAGUCGAUGGAAUAAUCUGCAGCUGAGACAUGAGUCACUAAAACGUGAUAAGAAAAUAAUAAACAUGUAAAUCCUGUGGGGAAAAAAAACAACAAAAUUUAAAGAAAGUAUUUACAGUUACUUUGGAAAUAAAACAAUACUGAAACAUGCUUGCUUUUUAACUGAAGUAAAUCCAGUAGAGGACAACACAAUCUUUUUUCUAACCAUCUUAGGGAACAAUACAUUGCAAUAAUUGAUAUAAAUGUCAUCACUGUAACAAACUUUAGAGACUUUUUUAAUGUAAAAGUUGUUGGUCACCAUGUUUCCCGUAACCUUCACUCUGUCACACUGUUGGUUCAUAGAUUGUGUUUGUCUGUCAGGAACAAAAAGAAAAUAGGUGAAGAAAAUGUUGACAUGAAGUCAUUCAUCGGCAAUGUAGAAUUAGAAAAAGACUACAGGUCACUCAUCAUUAUAAUUUAAAAUCCUGUUCUGUGUACAAAAUUGUGGUUUUUGUACCUGCCCAAAAGAAUAAAACAACAUUUUUUCUUACAGUAUAUAUCUACAGAACUUAAAUUUUUCCCUAUAAUCAUACAAGUUAUUUGAGAAACUCGAAGACUGCAUGAGGGAUGUAAAAGUCAAAGAACAGACCAUAUAAACAAAUGUAGGCUGUCUUUAUUAUUUCUGCAUAGUAUGCUUUCCUUCUUUUACAGAUAUUGGCCUCAGUUGUUAAUAGAUUACAUUUUCAGAGAUGGAGUCUUCGAGUGUGGGAAUGGACAGCUGUUUUGAAACCAACACACCUGUGUGGAAAUUUUACUUGACUCUUUUGCUGCAUUGACUUUAGUGUCUCUUGGACUUUUACCCUCAUUCCUAUACUUCCAUUUGAGUUCUUUGGAGGCACUGAAAACUGUUUGGGGUAGAACACAACUGGAAAACUCAAUCCUUAUUUUUACCCCAAAAUUAUGAACAAAAUUAAACCAUAUUUAUUUUUAAGAAAACAAAAUAUUUAUGGUUCAAAAAGUCUGUUUCAUUUCAAAUGAUGAAUGAGUUCAAUGAUAUAGAUAAAAAUCACCGACUGAGGGAUAUUUGCCGAAAGCACAAGUUAGAAUAAUUCCUGAAGUGUGGCCUUGAAGGAUGAGUUGAGUUUUCACAGGUGGAGGUAUGGUAAAGAGCCUAUGGGAGAGCAGACACAAAGCCACUCUUUGGGCAGGCCUGUGGACAGGGCUUGUGCAACAAGGAGGCCGGGAGAGAGCACAGGCUGUGACACCAUGGGAGCUCUGGCAGAAAUAUGAAGGACUGGUUUUCUUCCCUUUAACCCUUACAAUCCCCUUUCAAUAUCUGUGUGUCACAACUAUGUAAUCCUUAUAACACAUGUAUACACUGUCCCUCAAGAAAGGCUACUUCUCUGUUAUUGAGCAAAUGGUUCCUUUUCAAAUCUGAGCCCUCCCUGAUGUCUUUUUCUCUUACUCCCACCAUCUUCUCAGCCAGCAAAUGGACUCGCACAGCACACAGAAUAUUGCAUCUACCAUUUCUUUGGUCUGUAGCUCUUUUCUGUCUUUACCUUGACUGUCACUCAUCCUUCAGCACCCAAAUUGAAUUUUAUUUGCACUGGGAAUAUUUCCAUGAUUAUCCACCAGCCCUGCCUAUGAUGCUGACUUACAUGCCAUUCUUAAUGUUUCUUACCCAUUACGGCACUCACCAUACUGCAUUGUAAUUGCCUGUGUACUUGUCUAUAAACUACUAGACUGUCAGCUCCUUGAGGGCAGGGACUGUGUCUAUCUUGUUCACAUUUGUAUCCCCAGCACCCAGCACAGU